AUGGAGCAGAUGAAGGAAAAGUUUGCAAAAUUACUCUUAGGUGAGGAUAUGUCUGGUGGAGGAAAAGGAGUUUCAUCAGCUUUAGCACUGUCAAACGCCAUUACCAACCUUGCUGCUUCCGUGUUCGGUGAACAAUCGCGCUUAGAGCCUAUGACACCUGACAGGAAAGCGAGGUGGAGAAAAGAAAUAGAUUGGCUAUUGUCUGUAGCUGAUCAUGUUGUUGAACUUGUUCCAUGCCAACAGAAGAGCAAGGAUGGAACAAACAUGGAGAUAAUGGUCACAAAGCAACGAAUAGAUCUCCAUAUGAACAUUCCGGCCCUGCGGAAACUUGAUGCGAUGCUGAUCGAAAGUCUAGAUCACUUCAAGGAUCAAAAUGAAUUCUAUUAUUUGUCAAAAGAUGCCCCGGAAUCGGAGAAGGGAAAAAACAAGAGAAAAGAUGAUAAGUGGUGGCUGCCCACUGUUAAAGUUCCCCAAGAUGGACUCUCGGAUAAGUGCAGAAAAAAUCUGCAGAGCCAAAAGGAAUCUGUGACUCAAGUGCUUAAAGCAGCAAUGUCUAUUAAUGCUCAAGUUCUCUCAGAGAUGGAGGUCCCUGAAAACUACAUUGAAGAACUCCCAAAGAAUGGGAGGGCUAGUCUAGGUGAUGCGGUUUAUCGGAGUAUCACUGUCGAAUUCUUUGAUCCCGAUCAGUUUUUCUCGACUUUGGACUUGUCGUCCGAGCUCAAGAUUUUAGACCUCAAGAAUAGACUUGAGGCAUCUAUAGUCAUAUGGAAGAGGAAGAUGACCCAAAAGGAUGGAAAAUCAACUUGGGGUUCCGCUGUUAGCUUCGAGAAGAGAGAACAAUUUGAGGAGAGAGCUGAGACCAUCUUACUCAUCAUCAAACAUCGGUUCCCGGGACUGCCGCAAUCUUCGCUAGAUAUCAGCAAGAUCCAAUACAACCGUGAUGUAGGGCAGGCUCUCCUAGAGAGCUAUUCAAGGAUAUUGGAGAGCUUGGCAUUUACAGUCUUGUCCAGAAUCGAAGAUGUCCUCCUUGCUGAUAAUAUGUCCCAAAAUCCAAAUCCACAACCAGGCAAACGGAACAAUUUAAAGAAUGACAGCCAGCCUAAUUCGGUGACUACAAGUCCAAGAAUCAAUACGGAAGUAGUGAGAACGAAGACACUCUCGGAUUUACUUACUUGGAGUUUAGAUCAAAAUGACUUUGAUGAAAAGGCGGAUGCAACAGAUGAGAUAUCCACAGACGAGGAUGGAAACUCGGAAAAACCAACUGUAGUGACAAACAAGGCGUCCUAUGUUGAGAACUUGGGUGGAGUACGGAGCCCUACUGCACGCCAUUAACCGAGGAUGCGAUGAAUCAUCGG